GCUCACAUGCCAUGCGCACAUGCUCUGGAGCUUUCAGGCAGCAUUCCACUGUCGGACCAGCUCAGUGCUCGGUCUCCACGCGGCUCUCCCGUCCAAUCACAGCCCGGGAACGCGUAAAAAAAAAAAAAAGAAAGAAAGAAAAACGGGGUGGGGGUGUGUGGAGAGGGGGGGCAAAGAGGUGGAUGAAGUGUUCAGAGCGUGACAGAAAGAGAGAAAGAGAGAGAGAGCAAACAGAUAGACAUCAACAAACAGGCGGUUAAAAGGACGCACAGAGAGACAAGGGGGGAAAAAAACGGUCACAUUUUCAAGGCACCUGAAAACGUGCGAGCUAUUUUCGGACUCGUGUCUCUUAUUGAUGACGGGGGGGUGUGUUUAAACUACUUCCACCGUUGUCAUGUUUUGGUGACUGUACAUGGCACGCAGCUGUACGCCUCGGGUCCUCUUGUAAUCCAGAGAGAAGCGCCUUUUACGCGUUUGACACAGGUUAACAAACUGCGCGCAACACCCAGUCUCUUUCCCUCCUUGGAGAUCACUUGGAUUCGCGUUUGAAUCCACUCUUUUCUUUCGUUUUUUGAGGGUUUUUUUUCGCGUUUGGCCGGAUUUUGUCCACACUCCUCCAAUGCCCUGCGCGCAACGCUAUUCCCGCUUUUUGGACACUUUAUCCCCGCCUUGGCAGUUCACAGUUCUUUCACCUGUUUCAACCAAACUCCUCGGUGUCAGGCAAAAGAAGCAAGUCUAGAUUUUGAAAAAAACAGAAAACGACUCACUGAAAUCGCUCUGUAAUUAACCAACAACGACUUGCAGCUGAGCAUUACCUACAGACCAUGGACAACAGCCCCGGAGGUGGUGGAGUGAUCCUGUAUGCGGGCUCGUCGGGCAGCGCCAGCCCCAGCCCUGGCAGUCCCUCCAGUGGGUACCAGACCCAAUCCCCCUCCUGCCACUCCCAGCCCUCUUCACCCGAGGGAGGGGUGUCUUUCCAAGAGAUCGGAGCCCUGAAACAACAGCCGUCGCAGAGGGGGGACCAGAGGGGGGAGCAAGGGGGAGGAGCCACGCCCAAAAUGGUCUUUCAGUUUCCUGAAGUCAACAAUGCCCCCGUUGCCCAGAUCUCAAACGCACCAUCUGGGAACUACAACCACCCCCCAGCAGCUAAAAAGCUGUGCACUUUCAGCGGUACCUUCACCAAAACUGGAGGAAUGGUGCUGCUGUGUAAAGUUUGUGGGGACAUUGCAUCAGGUUUCCACUAUGGAGUCCACGCAUGUGAAGGCUGCAAGGGUUUCUUCCGGCGCAGUAUUCAGCAGAACAUCCACUACAAGAUGUGUGUGAAGAACGAGAACUGUCUGAUCAUGAGGAUGAACCGGAACCGCUGUCAGCACUGCCGCUUUAAGAAGUGCCUCUCUGUCGGCAUGUCCCGUGACGCUGUGCGAUUCGGCCGUAUCCCGAAACGUGAGAAACAGCGCCUCCUAGAUGAGAUGCAGAGUUACAUGAACAGUCUGAACGAGUCCGCUACAGUCGAGAUGGAUCUGUCCCCGACUCCGGACACGCCCUGCAGCCCCGCUCCCCAACAACAACCCCCCAACGACCCUAUCCCGCAAUCCUACCGCCUCCUCCCAAGCACCCAGGAUGAAAAACCGGUCCUCAAGAUGUCCCCCAACAACCAUAGCACUUUUCACACCAGCCCGGAGCAGAACCAAUCCAUCGCGACCACUCAGACGUUGCAUCAGGAGCAGCAGCCGCCGUCAAACUACCAACAGAUCUGCCCCAAAAUUGAGAAUACGUCCAACUCAGAUAUCGAUAAUGGGAACUAUGGCUAUCACAGCCAGUGUCCAGUGAGUGGCAGUAUCGCGCCCCAGCCAUAUCCCACCAAUCACAACAGCUUUGAGACGCAAAACCAGACGACGUGUCCAUGGAAGCUCCACGCAGGGGCAAAAGUGUUGGCGUGUCCUCUGAACUCGUGCCCCGUGGCUCCUGCGGGUCGUUCCAGUCAGGAGGUGUGGGAGUCUUUCUCUCAAUGCUUCACCCCGGCCGUUAAAGAGGUGGUGGAAUUCGCCAAGAGCAUCCCCGGCUUCCAGACCCUGAGCCAACACGACCAGGUCAUGCUGCUCAAGUCCGGCACUUUCCAGGUUUUGAUGGUGAGGUUUUGCUCCCUGUUCGACCCCAAAGAGCGAACGGUGACCUUCCUGAACGGACAGACGUACGCUCUGUCAUCUCUGCGUGCUCUGGGCAUGGGUUCGCUGCUCGAUGCCAUGUUUGAUUUCAGUGAGAAGCUCGGAUCGAUGGGACUGGAGCCCGACGAGAUGGCACUGUUUAUGGCUGUGGUGCUGGUGUCGGCAGACCGUUCUGGCAUCGUUGACACCGGAGCCGUGGAGCAGCUUCAGGAGAACUUAAUAAAAGCCCUGCGCUCCCUCAUCACCAGACGUCGCCCGGACGACAGCACCCUCUUCCCCAAACUGUUGCUACGGCUACCAGACCUCCGCACCCUUAACAACCAACACUCAGACAAGCUCCUCGCCUUCCGCAUCGACCCUUGAACUCAAAAAACCUAAACAAAAACUGAACUAAAAACAUGGGCCUAGUGAAGAUUUGGAAGUACGGCAGCGUAACUUUGCUUCCUGAUUCCAGUCUGAACCAAGCCACCAACUGUCCCGUGCAUGUUGGGGCAGUAGUGGUAGGAAAAAGCUAUGGAAGUUGAACCAGUGAUGCAGUGGUAAAGGGGACUCGAACUCACGCACUCCGCCCGAAAAUGCUUCCAAAAACUGUCUGACAAACUGUGUUCUUCCUUUGGGUGGUGCAAACUGGCCUCCUUGGUCCAAAACAGACACGAACUAAAGCAAAUUUGGAAGCACAACCUCCCUAUACAGAAUUAUAUAUGUACAAAAUAUGUUUUAUUAAUGUAUAUUCAUGCUCUGAGUGUGACGCGCACCUUUCCGUACAUAUUGACUAUACAAUUCAGUGGUUUUCAAACUGUUUGCACCAACAAGUAUCGAAAAGAAAAUACCAGGUAUCUUGGGUGCCAGUAUAUUUGUGAGACUUAUUGAAAAAUGUGUAAUAUCAGGGUCUAAACCAAUUUGAAAUAUGGUUUUUGCUUUGAUUCAUCUGAUAUCCUGGUUGGGCAAGUAAACUGAUGUAACGAGGUCAUUUUACUGGUCGUAGUUGGCCCAGAAUGUCUCAUAAUGUUUGAAUUUUUAUUUAUACAAAGUUGUUCUCUGCACUCGUAUUGGUUGACAUCAGUAGAUACUUAAAGCUACAGUAUCGGAACUGGAAAAGCUGGAUCCCUAGUCAUAAACUUUAAAUGUAAGCCCAAUCAGUGCAGGACUAAAACAGGAAAAAACAUUUCUCAAAAAUGAACUCAAUGGGAACAGGAACUUACAAAUAACUUGAAUAUAAACCGACCUUGUGCCACAGUUUGAGAAGCACUGGAUUCUUAUCAUGGCAAUAUCGAUGUGUAACUCACUGUAUGGAGGAUGCUUUCUUUGUACAUGUCCUUAAUAAUAAUAAUUAUAUAAGCUAUUUUCACAUGUCAUCCUGUGGAAUUAUCUUUAUUGAAAAUCACCCAUUUGUGAUUGAGUUAUGUAUAACAUUUUUAAGAAAUGAAAGUACGUUGCAUUGUAUUUGUAUGCAGUAAUCAGGGAGAAAACUACGUGGUCAUUUUCGACCAUAUAUCUGACAUGAGGUGUUUGAGUUGUACAUAUAAAACCAUUAUUCUUGGUUAUUACUGUAGAUUAUCUGUAGAGACGUAGUAAUGAUUGAUUCUAUGAUGUUGACGUCAUGUAAGGGUUUGGACAAAUUUACGCUCUGGAGAUGUUUGACAAAUAUAUAUAUAUAUAUAUAUGUAUGUUAUGUCAAUAGGUUGCGUUCACGGUCCAGUUUUUUGAUAAAGUCGACAUUUCAGAUGGACGUGGCUCUUUAAACUGAACUAUAUUUGAACUCAGUGGGGAAAUACGCAAAUAUUGAACCAGAAAUUUGUAAAGGAUGAAAUCUACCAGUGUUUGUGCUGACUGGAAGCACGUUAACCCGGCGAUAUAUUAACCAUAAACCUGGUCAAACAUCUGCAUUUUGAAUCUUGAGAAGAAAAAUCUGUUUCUACAAUCUGUCCUCCAUUUUUUUUACCGUUAAGGACACCACAUGAACGCAACCUAUUGACUGCAUAGAUUUGCAAAUAUUUUGUAAAUGUUCCAAUGGUGUAGCAUACCAUUAUUAAACAACAUUAUACCGUAAAUCA